UUUUUGUAUUGACCUUCAAUAUUUUAUCUUGCAAUAUGUGGAGUCCAUGUGAUGUUUAUUAGUUUGCUUCAAUUUGAAUGGUAUUUUAAUUUGAAGUUUAAAAUGAUAGGGAAUUUUUCUUGUAACUAUGUUUGGGCCCCAAAAAACAGACUCAGAAACCUUAAAACAAUCCAUAUUUUAGACUUGGCCUUAGCGUUGCCGCAGCGCCUGAGGCGUCAGCGUCAGUCAGGUGAGGCUUACGCCUCAAACCCUGACAGAGGCGUGCGCCCUGAGGCUAUUACUGGCCGCCUCUCCUUAAGGUGCAUGUCUUGUGCAUUUGUAACUGCACUAUAUAAUUAAAGUAUGAUUAAAUCAUACAAAUCCAAAUUCAUAGGCUUGGAUAUGAUUAUCAUUAGUUCUUUUUUUGGAAAGUAUCAUUUGAAAAUACGAGAUACUAAUAUUAAUGCAAUCUUUUAUUUAAUGAAACAACAUUAUAUAUUGAUCUGUUUAUGUCCCUAUUCACAUGGUUUGUAGCAUCAUCAAUGAUGUUUUUUGGUUAUUAGUCUGAACCUUUUGACUCAAUGAAAUGAUAUCAUAAAUGAAGAAGCGAUUGAAUGGAUGUGUUGGGGAAAUAAUUUGACUUGUUAAGGGCAUGAGGGUUGGGUAGGAAAGUGUUGACCUCUUAUAGCUGUCUGGCCAUUUUUUCUGAGCAUGAUUUUGUCUCCUUAGCUUAUUUGUACAUUUGUUAAAUGAUUGGCUUUUCUCUUUUUGGUAAUUUUUUUUGUCUGUUGACAUGUCUAUAAGUUCCUUAUUAACUUAUUUUAAUAUUUAACUCAGAUUCCCAUUUUUUCCCUCUUAACAAUAAAAUCUAACAUAUUUGCACACAUAUUUAAUAAUAUAUGUCGAUGUCUACCACUGUUUGCUGUAUUUAAUUAAAUAACAUGUUUGAGUUGUGUAUUCUCAAAGAUACUUGUUCCAGAGUAUGGUGUGUUCCUUUGCAAGUUGUGUUCCGUAUUUACUUUUUGCCUGUGUGUAUAAUGUUUUCUCCUGUACUCAUGCAUACUUAUAUCUGAGGCCUUUGUUCUACAGAUUCUACUAAGUGGUUAUUAUCUCACCAUGUUAUGUGUUUUGCUGUGUUUUUUCACUUGCAAUGUCAUUAACUGUACGUUUCUGUUGUAUUGUAGAUUAGAUGUGAAGGCUGCACUUCCAUAUAAUUAGUGUUAAAUGCAAGUUGUUUCCAGUUUUAAAAUAAAAUUUCAUGCAGUUUUCGAUGGCAUUUCCUUCUAAAAAGCUUCUGUGCAAUUUUUUGAACCAUGUCAAUAUGCGCAUCUUUUGUGGGAAUGUUGAUUUUGUAUAUGUUAUGUUUGCAACUCUGCGGUUUUAUUUAUUUUGGAGCAUGUUCUAUAUUGAUCAAACAACAAGCAAGGAGCUAAAAUGUUUGUUGAUGUAGAUAUUCUGGCAAAUUGCACCUAUGAGGUAAUCUGCAUCAUAGUGGAGUGCACGUAAAGGCCACCUCUUUUCGGGAGGGGUUACUGAAGUUGGCAACUUGUUUUAGUAUAAGUUCACUGCCUUUUUUGUGCUAUCAUUGCAGCAUGCUGUCCAGAAAUGUUAGCGUGGCGUUAAAUGGCAGUUUUCCUGGGACUGCUGAAUUGGUGGUUCAGAUAAGGGAAGUAAGCAUUAGCUGAUGCCAACAACAUUGGUGUUUGAUAGGACUGAUUAGGUCAUAGAUAAAUUUUAUCUGAUUGGAUCUAAAACCAUUUCACCAAGCAACCUAUUACAUUGUAUAUAAUUGUUUUGUGAGACCAAAAUACUCACCAGUUACAGCACAUCUUUUGUAUGAACAUAUGGUUGCAACAUGUGCAACCUGUAAAUACUGUUCUGUUGAUGUAUAUAAGUGUUUGUGCUUUUCUAUCUCAUGUGAGUUCUUUUAACAACUAGUUUACUUGUGCAACGAAUUCCAUCCAGCCAUGUGUAUCAGCAUUUUCUUGUGAAUAUAUAUGCCGAUGCUUCCAGAUGAACUUCUACAACAAUCUAUUUGGGCGGUCUUGUAGCUAUUGCAAGGAAAAGGCCUGUCUACUACAAAACUGUCUUGAAGGCAUUGCUUGAUUUUAGUCCAAGUGUAGAGAUGGCUAAAGGCCGCCACACAGUCAGCAUUCAGUUUUCUCUGAGAACUGCAUUUCUAGGGUUUUUAAGGUGUACACAUCCUUUCAUGACCGAGUCAAGAGAGAAAUUGCUUAAAGAGUUAAGAGCAAUGAAUGCUGGAGAUGCUGCUGAUCAAGUUAUCCGCCAAAUAGAUAAAAUCACGAGGAACAAUGAACGUGCUUCACGUGAUCUUCAGGUCAAUAAGGAUGAUCAGCUGUCAAAUCAGUUGCAUAUUGCAGGGGAUUCGACUAAGAAAAGGACCACUCAAAUCGACCAUGAGGAUCAGAAUAAUAUUUAUGAUGCCUCUUUGAAGAGGCUGCGUCAUGGUCCUCAUAGCAAUACAAAUGCCGCAGCGGAUACUAAUGAUGCUAGGCAGGAUCAUGUUAAUGGCAUAUCUGCUAAGCCCCCUGUGUUGGAUGGUGGUCUAACUCCUGUGGAGCAGAUGAUUGCUAUGAUUGGCGCUUUAAUUGCCGAAGGAGAAAGAGGAGUGGAGUCUCUGGAAAUUCUUAUAUCCAAUAUCCAUGCCGAUCUACUUGCUGAUAUAGUCAUCACAAAUAUGAAGCACUUGCCCAAGAAUCCACCUCCUUUGACAAAAUAUGGUAACUUGUCUUCGAAACAUCGUAGUGACACAAGCGAUCCUACCCAUGUAGUUGCAUCGAAUGGUUUGGCAACUUCUACGCAGACGUUAGACCAUUCGGCUCAAUUACCUGCUUCAUCAUUGAGCACGACUAGCUUUGCUGUUUCAGAUACAUUUGCUUCUGCUAAUCUAUCUACAGAUUCUAAACGUGAUCCACGAAGGGAUCCUCGUCGUCUUGAUCCAAGACGGUUGGUGGUUCCUGUUGAUGUGCCUCCAACAUCUGUUUUGGAAGAUAAUGUUGUCCAAUUUCCAACUGUACAGUCUGAUUUCGACCCUGUCAGCUCCUCCAGCGCACUCAUAUCGGUACCUCAAUCUGUUCCUGAAAGUGCUCCUCAGCCUCUGAUGCCCACAAUUCAAACUGACAUAAAUCUUCCAGACUCCCCAAUGACAAUUGAAGUGGACGAGUCUAUCCAGAACGAUGAAGUCCUUGAUUUUGAUGCCAACGCAAUCACUCCAGAUAAGGAUGCAGAUUAUUCUGUACAUAUGUCACCAUCUUUUAGCAAAGCUGAGGACAUUGUUUCUCAUGCAUCAAUGGAUGUAGCCAUGCUUGAUGAGGCCUACUCACCUUCAUCAGAAGAAUCUGAUGAACCACUGCCAGAUAUUUCAAAUGCUGAAGCAUCUGAGAGUGGAUCUGCUGAGUUGCCAGUGCUUCCCUUGUACAUUGAGCUGGAUGAAGAUCAUCAAACACAUGUCAAAAGACUGGCACUUGAACGGAUAAUUAACAAGUACCAGAAUUCACACAGAACAGAUAUUAAACAAACACAAAUUGCAGUGGUCGCCCGACUGUUCGCACAGAUUGAUGUUAGUGAUGUGAUUGGGAUGGUGCCGAAACUGAUUAUAUCAGAUUAUGAACAGCAAAAGGGUCACGAGCUUGUGUUGCAUAUCCUAUACCAUCUCCAUAGUCUUGUUAUCUCAGACUCUGCAUCAUCUGCUGCUGCUGUAUAUGACAAUUUCCUUCUGGCAGUGGCAAAAUCUUUGCUAGUUGAUCUACCAGCAUCUAACAAGUCUUUUAGCCGACUUCUCGGUGAAGUUCCCUGCAUACCUGAUUCCAUAUUGGGGAUGCUGGAUGACAUGUGUACCAAAAGUUAUUCUGGAACUGAUGGCCGUGAUGGUGAUCGUGUCACUCAGGGCCUUGGAGCAGUGUGGAGCUUAAUUCUUAGUCGCCCUCUCAUUCGCCAAGCAUGUCUAGAUAUAGCUUUGAAGUGUACUGUGCACCCAAAGGACGAUAUCCAGGCUAAAGCCAUACGCCUGGUGUCAAACAAACUCUAUGCAGUUAGCUUUAUUUCUGACAGCAUCGAGCAGUUUGCAAAGAACAUGUUCUUCUCAGCUGUAGAUCAGCAUUCUUCAGAUUCAUUACUAUCAGCGUCUGCAAAUUCUGACAGAAGAAUUGGAGGACAGGUAGGAAGUGCAGAAACAUCCACUAGUGGCUCUCAAGUUUCUGAGCCUGGGAUUUCUCCAAAUGAGACUAUGAAAGGGGUUCAGGAUGCACCCCUAGAUGAUUCAUCAAAUAUAUUUUCUCAAGCUCACAGGCUAAUGUCCUUGUUUUUUGCACUCUGUGCUAAGAAACCUAUUCUUCUUCAACUGGUUUUUGACAGUUAUGUCCGUGCUUCGAAGGCAGUUAAGCAGGCUGUCCAUCGUCAUAUAAACGUCUUGAUGAGGGCUCUGGGGUCAUCGUAUUCAGAAUUACUUCAUAUAAUAUCAAAUCCACCCCAAGGAAGUGAAGAUUUGUUGACACAGGUUCUUCAUUUGUUAUCCGAAGGGCGAGUACCACCUACAGAUUUGGUGGUGACUGUUAAACAUUUAUAUGAAACUAGGCUGAAGGAUGCUUCUAUUCUUAUUCCUAUCAUAUCUGCUUUUUCUAGAGAUGAGGUGCUCCGUCUACCCUAUUUUCCAAAUUUCAGUUCUAUAAAUGAAAUCGUUUAUUUUUUUAUGUGUUUCCAGGUUUUACCUAUUUUCCCUCGGCUGGUCCAGCUUCCUCUACCCAAGUUUCAGAUGGCACUGGCUCAUAUAUUACAGGGCUCUGCUCAUACAGGUCCUGCAUUAACACCUGUUGAAGUCUUGGUGGCAAUCCAUGACAUUUCUCCUGAGAGAGAUUGUCUUCCACUGAAAAAGAUCACGGAUACUUGCUCAGCUUGUUUUGAGCAGCGCACGGUUUUUACACAGCAAGUCCUGGCUAAGGCCUUAAACCAGAUGGUUGACCGAACUCCACUUCCACUGCUCUUCAUGAGAACUGUAAUCCAAGCAAUUGAUGCUUUUCCGACACUGGUUGAUUUUGUCAUGGAAAUCUUGUCUAAACUCGUCAACAAGCAGGUUUGGAGAAUGCCAAAACUAUGGGUUGGCUUCUUGAAAUGUAUCUCUCAAACACAGCCACAUUCCUUCAACGUAUUGCUCCAGAUGCCGUCUCCUCAGCUUGAAUGCGCUCUAAGCAAGUAUCCGAAUCUUCGUGGUCCACUUACUGCUUUCACAAACCAGUCAAGUAUUAAAACCUCUGUGCCUAGGACAAACCUAUUGCUUCUUGGCCUUGCCUCUGAACCACACAUGCAGCAACCACACGCUGUUUCGUAUCUGCAGGCCUCCGAUGGCCCGGCACAUUAACACGAGCAAAACUGGAACACCAAAGCUGUAAACAAUCAGAGUGAUCAUGUCAUGUCACAUUGCUCAUAUGGCUGCAAAAAUACUACCAGGCAGCGUGGCUCCGGGGCUGUUUUUUGGAAUUGCCAGUGGGUAGUUCCUCGUUCCCUGCUCGAUGAGGGAGUCAUUUGAGUCGAGUGAUGGUUCCUCCUCCGUCUGUUUCUUGCUUUAAACACCAAAUAGAGUUGUGGUUUGUAGGGUGUAGGAUGUCUGUAGGGAGUAUAAUAGCAAUUCUUGUUAUAACUACAUUAUGGUAUAAAUUUAAUGUGUUGUGCUCAUCUACUUGCUGAAAAUUACUAUAAGUGAACAUUCAUUUGAAUUAUGAAAUUGAAUCAACAAAUUAGGUAAUGAUACCUAAUUUAUUA